AUGAGCUACGCCAUCCUCCCCGCGUUGAUCCCCGACAUCGAGAAGGUGUACGAUGCCUACUUCUCGGCCUUCAAGGGCGACCUGAUGGGUGACAUUAUGGUCAAGCGAUCUGUUCCCCGGCGGCGCCUCACCUUCAAGGAGUGGCGCGCAGCGGACUACCCUUCUUUCAGCGAGGUGCGGAAGGCCAAGGCAGCGGCGGCGGCUGCUGCUCUUGUUGCCCCUGUCGUCGUUGCUGCUGCGGCUGCAGACAAGACCGAGGUCAAGGUGACCGAGGUGGCGGUCGAGGUGAAGGAGGUCGUCGCUUAG